GUCACCGUGUCUUACUACGCGUGUCUCUUUCUGUGGUCGUCCUUACUGAAACGGCGUCGUUACGUCAGAGUUUUGGAUAUUUCUUUGCAAUUAUCCAUAUCUCAUCUGACUAGAUAAACUCUUGCAAAACAGAGACAUUCCUUGCUUCGUGGGUUGUCAAGAACAAAGUCAUAACCUUUUGUGGAAUUUCACCCUCCUCCAUUGUUAUGUGGAAGCUAGCUUCAAGAUCCAUCAAAGAAGGCUUUACAUCAAAAGGAGAAGAUGCUGUCACAGAACAGAGAACGAAGGAAGAAAGACUGGAGUGUCCCAUUUGCUGGGAACCAUUCAACGUAUUUGAGAAUGUUCCUUACGUCUUAUGGUGUGGUCAUACCAUCUGCAAAGAGUGUCUCUUAGCUUUCCACCGUGCCGUUGUGAUCAAAACCUCAGGUUUUCCUCUCCACCUCCCCUUCUUCGUUACUUGCCCAUGGUGCAAUAUGCUCUCUUUAAGGCUAGUACGUAAUGGAACCAUCAAGUUUCCUUCCAAGAACUAUUACCUUCUAUGGAUGGUCGAAACCAUGAACUGCUCUCGCAGUGACAGCAGAAGGGUCACUUCAGGGGAGAGAGAUACGAAAGAGAGGUGUGAUGGAGUGAGUAACACCGCUUCGGAUGUGACCAGAGGAUACUUGAGAACUGGGAGAUCGCUUCAUGGCUAUAUAUGUAAGUCAAUGGCUCUUGUUUCUCAUUUGCUGGCUAAGUUUCCUUUGGUAGUCAUGUUCUUGUUGAUGGCUCUAUAUGCGAUCCCUGUGAGUGCUGCAGUUCUCGAGGUUUAUUUCUUUGUCACUAUUGCUUUGGCUGUUCCGUCGUUUGUAGUCCUUUAUUUCGCUUUCCCGAGCUUAAACUGGCUGAUCAGAGAGAUCUCAGCCUAAUUCGUUGUAUUGUCUUUCUCUUUGUUCCUUUGUGUCCCUUGACUUGUAAGGAACAUGAACUAUAGUGUCAAACGUUGUUAUACUCAGUUUAGACAAAAAGAAGAAGAAGAAGAAGAUUUUAAUUUCAA